AUGUCGUUUCAGCGCCGUAUGAAGUCAUCGAUCAAGUAUAUGCCUUAUCAAUUGGCGCUCAAGAUUAACACUAGUUUGACGAUAUUGGACUUGGGCAGCAACAGAAUUCGAAAGGAAGGAGCUCAGGCAUUGUCAGAGGCACUCAAGGUUAACACUAGUUUGACGACUUUGGAGUUGAGCAACAACAGAAUUCGAAAGGAAGGAGCUCUGGCAUUGUCAGAGGCACUCAAGGUUAACACUAGUUUGACGACAUUGCCCUUGUGGUGCAACUCAAUUGAGGAUGAAGUAGAUCUGGCAAUUUCAGAAGCACUCAAGGAAAACGCAGUUUUAACUCAAUAA